UCAUUUUUUAAUUUCCUAUAUAAUCGUAACAUCCUCAAACAAACUUAACAUUUUCAACUCUAGUUUAUCCAAUGGGUUUGUCAUUGGUGAUUUUUCCAGUCUUCUUCUGCAUUAUAACUGCUGCUUUUGGCUUUCCUUAUGAACAACACAAGCUCAUGGGAAAGUGCUCCUCCACCAGAGAAUGUUCAACUGGUCAAAUUUGUAGCUCUUGCCCUGUUGAAUUGCAAGGGUCAAGAUGUGUCAGAUCAUCAACAACAAACCCAUUCAACCUAGUGAAUGCAUCAAUGCCGUUCAACAAAUACGCAUAUCUAACUACACACAAUUCAUUUGCAAUUAAGAAAAGACCAAUCCAAGAUGCUGUUCCUCAAGUUACCUUCACAAAUCAAGAAGACACUAUCUCUCAACAAUUAUCUAAUGGAGUUCGAGCUCUUAUGUUAGAUACUUAUGACUUCAAAGGAGAUAUAUGGUUGUGCCAUUCGUUUAAAGGAAAAUGCCAAGACUUUACCGCAUUUGAACCUGCGAUAAAUGCUUUAAAGGAAGUGGAAAUUUUCCUAUCUUCAAAUCCAUCAGAAAUCGUGACACUAAUAUUAGAAGACUAUGUUGAAGCGCCAAAUGGAUUAACCAAUGCAUUCAACGCGUCUGGAUUGGUGAAAUAUCGGUUUCCUGUCUCAAACAUGCCGAAAGAUGGAAAAGAUUGGCCUUUAGUGAAAGAUAUGGUGGCUAAAAAUCAUCGGCUCGUUGUGUUUGGCUCGCAAAGGCAGAAGGAACAAAGUGAAGGAAUAGCUUAUCAGUGGAACUAUAUGGUUGAAAAUCAGUAUGGAAAAGAUGGAAUGGUUCGCGGGAAAUGUUCUAAGCGCGCGGAUUCGUCUGAACUCAAUGACAGAAGCAAAUCUUUGGUUUUGGUAAACCACUUUAGGACAAUUCCAAUCCAUCAAGCCAGUUGUAAAGAUAACUCACAAGACCUCAUGAAUAUGCUUUCUACUUGUUAUCAUGCGUCCGGUAAUCGCUGGGCAAAUUUUGUCGCAGUUGAUUAUUACAAGAGAAGUGAUGGAGGAGGGACAUUUCAAGCUGUGGAUAUGUUAAAUGGGAAAUCAUUGUGUGGCUGUGAUGAUGUGCAGGCUUGUGUGAGUGGAUCAUCAUCAUGUACAAGAGGAAGCAAAUGAAGUUCCUUGAAAAGGGAGAAUAUGGAAGAUGACAACAGAACUCCAAAGGAAUAAAAAAAAACCAAUAUUAGUACUAAAAAGUGCAUAAUUAUAAUGUAUGAGAUGAACUAAGCUUAAAAUUGCAUGAAAUAAUAAGUUAGCAGAUAAAUAUAUAUAUCUUGUCUGAAAAGAAAUACAUAAGAGUUAUAUAUGGAUUACCAUCUUAAUCUCA